AUGGAGCGCUGGCCAGCUGCUCUAACUGGGCACCAGUGGGCCAUCCUGGGGUGCGCCGGAGUCCCACAUGCCACCCGAAAGGGCAUGGCUCUUCAUGCAGGCUUGCCCCCUCGCAGGGCUUCUGAUUGGCCCUGCGCCUGGGCACCCCCGCCCCCUGAGAAGUGCGGCCAGGAAGUCCCUUUCCUGGGGAGCCACGCUAUUCGGCGCUACCAUAGGCCCCACUGGUCGGGAAGAUGGACCAAUUUUGACAGACAAAUCCUCAGCAAAGUACUUAUGAGAAGAUCUGCUCAGAAAACUAGAGAUCGUAUUCUUAAAGUUUUCCGUGAGCUCAACAUGAAGGAUGCUAUUAGUUAUGUGGCUGAGGGAGAGCAAAGAGGUUCGUUGGCAUUCAUUCACUCUCCAAGUAUUGAACACACCGCCAAUGUGGACUUCAGCAUUAUCAACCAAAUGAAGGGAGAGACUUCUGUCACCCAAUUGCUGAGAGAAACUGCCAGUUCUGUCUGUCUUGAUAUGCAAGCAUUAGAACAGAGAAGGAAAAGCAUUCGAGAUUCAGAAGAUGUUUUUACCCAUCAUACUUUACAACUGUAUCUAUAUAAGCCCAGGCAAGAGCAAAAACUUCUGUACAGCCGUCAUGAAAUAACUCUGAAUGAAGAUGAGAAGCAAAAUAAAGAAAUUUUUCACAGAACUAUGAGGAAAAGACUUGAAUCUUUCAAGAGCACAAAACUAUAUUUGAAUCAUCAUAGGAAACUAAACAAAAUUCCCAAGAAACACCGUGGUGAAAAAGGGAAAAAUAGUAAUGUCAUACCAGAUGGAAACCUAUCUGCAUCUAUUUUAAAAGACAAAGGAAUUGAUAAUCCAGUAUUUUCAGCUGAUAUUGAGCAAAAUGCCAUCAUGAAGUUUACACCUUGGCAAUCCAGUGAUGAGAUGGUGGUACCUUCCCAAAGAGCCAGAGUACAAAUACCUUAUUCUCCAAACAGCUUUCAAAGACUUGCUCCCAUUCGAUUUAGCAACAGAUCCACAGAUUCUUUUUUGCAAAUAGAUGGUGCUGAAGAACAACCUAGGAUUUUUCUCCCAGAAUCAACUCACUUGUAAAUUAAGCAUACCUAAAGUUCUUACUUUUCAGUCACUCAAAUCUUCUGUGAUCUAGCAAAUAGCCAUUUUUCUUGUUCAGCGUAUCUUUGGUGUCCUUUUUCUUUAUUUUUUUCUGGGCUUGAAAAUUCUGCUUUAAAAUCAAUUAAAUAUAUUCUAUACUAAAGUAGGACAUGUUAAGUUUUUUGAUUAGGAAUACAAGUUAUUCGCUUGAGAGCUACAGAAUGAAGUAAACGACAUGAAAUGUGGGCAGAACUGAGUCUUCAGGGGCAUUAUUACUGUUAGUCCUGGGGUUACAACAGUAAUUGGGAUAGAAUUUCUGUCAUUAAGCAACAUUGUUGUAAAGCUCAAUGUCAUGUGACCUCAUUGGUUAGUAAUUUGGUUGAGCUAGGUGGCUAUAGAAAUUGAAUGAAUGACCAUAGUUAUUCCUUGUUAGCUUUCAUAAUUAUAUGCUUUAUAUUUCAAUCAGGAAGAUAUAAAUUAAUUUGCAGCUAGUUCUAUGUAUUUUCCUUUGGAAAAUAUUAUAUUUAUGACACAGUAAGCUAAAUUGUUUUAAACUUUUUCUGAUUUUGUAUUCACUUAUACAAUAUACCUGUCAAGUAAUAAAUAUGCACACAAAUUG